AUGGACGCGGAAAAUAGCACACCGCCUUCGGAGCACCCUGACGCCCCAGCAACUCUAGUGGGGGGCGAAGAGGUAGAGCAAAAAUCUGAAAAAGAAGAGCAGCCAGAGCUGGUGGAACAUGAAUCGCUGACGGAGCAGGAGCGGCUUCAGCCCGAAGAGGUAGGGAGACCUCUGCCAGAAGAACCGGAGCAACUGGCAAAUGUGGAGGAGCCUCAGGCUGAAGAACCGGAGCAGCUGGCAAAUGUGGAGGAGCCUCAGGCUGAAGAACCGGAGCAGCUGGCAGAUGUGGAGGAGCCUCAGGCUGAAGAACCGGAGCAGCUGGCAGAUGUGGAGGAGCUUCAGGGUGAAGAACCGGAGCAGCUGGCAGAUGUGGAGGAGCCUCAGGGUGAAGAACCGGAGCA